AUGGCCCUUGUAAUCUAUAUGCACCCAGCCUCGCAGCCAUCCCGCUCGGUCAGCAUCUUCCUCAAGUUGAACAAUGUCGAUUAUGAAGAGCGUGUUGUGGAUAUGGUGAAGGGUGAACACCGUCAGCCUGCAUUCAAAGAGGUGAACCCACACGGCCUGGUGCCGGCAAUGGAUGAUGAUGGAUUCAAACUGAAUGAGAGCCACGCCAUCCUCAAGUACAUAGUGGCAUCGCGUCCGUGCGACGACGCAUGGUACCCACGCGACGUGCAGAAGCGAGCACGAGUGGACGCGCUCUUGGACUGGCACCACACCAACACGCGCAGAAACACCGUGGGCAUAGUGUUCAACGAGGUGGUGGCAGCCAUGUUCGGCGUGCAGGGCGAUCCACACGUGGCAGCGCUGUCCCGCCGUGGCCUGCAGUCAGCGCUCUCCGCCUUGGAGAACAUCAUGCUCGCACAGGCAAACCCUGACGACCCCGACGCGCCUAAGUUCCUGGAAGGGAAUGCGCAGCCCACCCUGGCUGACCUGUGCAUUGCGUGCGAGCGAGUUAUGCAGCUGGAGGUGCGUCAGCGCAUUGCCGGUUUCAAACAGCUGUUAGUUGUUGGGCGCAGAGGGCAAGGAGGCAUUGCUGGGAGAGCACAAGAAGGUGCGGGCAUGGCUAGAGGCAGUGAGGGCAGCAUGCAACCCGGUGUUUGA